AUGGAUUUCACGCAAGCACCUAUGCUUAUAACGCAGCUCAGUAGUCUUAGUACGAAGCUCUCUAACGAUGACAAGAUUGCAAGAAAAGAAGCAUUGGCAAUAAGCAAGAACCUCAUAAGGGCCCUCGAGCCACCUGAAAACCUGGCUCUCGAAUUGGCUUACUCGCCAUUAAUCACUGUUUCUGCUACAAUAGCCGUCGAACUCGGUCUGUUCAAGCUCAUUGUAAAGCAUGGAACUGUCAGCUCCAAAGAGUUGGCGUCGCUCUCAAGUGGAGAGGAGCUCCUUAUUGUCCGUAUCCUACGACCCUUGGCAUCGACAGGAUUUGUUGACGAGGUUGGCGAAAGAGUAUGGGAGCCCACUCCUAUAACUAGGGCCAUGGCUACCGAUGGAAUUGCCGCAGGCUACAGAACGCUUAAAGUAAUAACCGGAGUGGCUUCACAUAAAGGCUCAGACUAUCUUCGAGAAGUCGACUAUCAUUGCCCUACCGAUCCUCGCGAUGGCUUGGUACAAUAUACGUACCAGACGAAGCUAAGCUUGUUUAAGUAUAUAGCAACAAUCCCCCACAUGUCGAAUAACUUCAACCUAUUUAUGGGAAGUACAAUGGGUGCCCGGGGCUAUUGGGUUGACUGGUAUCCAGUUGAGGAACGUCUGCUAAAAGGGGCAAGUAAAGACACAGCCCUUCUCGUGGAUGUAGGAGCCGGUAAAGGACAUGACACACUCGCAUUCCACGCAAAAUAUCCAAAUCAAGGACGCCUGAUUUUCCAGGACAUGGUACCUCCAUUUGAUGACAUACAGGCCAUGGGUGGUACCAUCGAGUGCAUGACCUACGACUUCUUUACUGCACAGCCAGUGAUAGGGGCGCGAGCAUAUUUCUAUCAUCACGUCUUACAUGACUGGUCUGACAAUAUGUGCUUGGAGAUACUAAAGCGAGUGCAAGCGGCCAUGACUCCAGGAUAUUCAAAACUUCUGCUGCAUGAGAUGAUUAUUCCAGAAAAGGGGGCAUCGACUUUUCAUGCCAUGCUUGAUCUCACCAUGAUGGUUGCCAAUGCAGGCAUGGAGAGAACCGAGAGUCAGUGGCGAGCGCUGCUUGAAAAUGCUGGACUUCAAGUCAUCAAGGUUUGGCCAGCUUUGGAGGAAGAUGCUGAUGGGAUAAUAGAAGCAAUGCUUCCAGAAUGA